CUGAGGGAGGUGUGAGGCACAGGCGAGUGGAUGGACCCCAUUGCCAACCUUGUUAGGGGGUCACUGAGCUGGCAAGACCUUGAGAGGAAGAUGAAAGGUUUGCACCCGUCGCCAGUGGGGAGAGAUGGACAACCCAUUCGAUUUGACUCCACUAAUCUGAGGGAAUUCCUAUGGGCCUAUGACCAGUAUGCAGACGAUCUCAAUAUUCUAGGAGAGCAGAGGAUGGGGAGCUUCCUCCUGUAUGUGAGGCGACACAUCAGAUCCUUUGUUAGAUCUAUUGUGGCACCUGCUAUGAAUUGGGGUCACUGCAAGAAGCUGCUCUGGAACCACUAUGCUCCAGCACGUCAGGCAGGUAAAAGAAGGAGUCUGGAGAAUAGAAGUAGAGAGCCAGAGGCAACUGAGAGGAGGACCUUUGAGCAGGGCAUGUCUUCAAGGACUCAGAGGGAGGACAGGAGAAAGGAGCACAAAGCACACAUGCACGAGAGGGUAGGAGGGUUAGGUGGUUCAGAUGUGCCUCCACAUCCUGCUCAGCUGGAUGUGGACUACCCUAUGUCAGACAUAGAACCAGACUUGCCUCAUGAGCCACUUGUGCAGGAGCAAAGGGAGGAGCAGUCUCCCAAGGAGAAGGAACUGGACAGGAAAGAGAGAGCAGCAAGGGAGCAGGAGAUCAAGGUGCAGCUCAGGAUGAAAAACCUUGCAGAGCUGUGUGAGAGGAUGCAGCAAGGAAAAGAGUCUGAGGAGGUGGGAGACAAAGGUGGUAAGGGCGCUUGCACUCAGGAGAAGGAUCUUCCCCUGGUUUCAAAGGUUUUGGUCAGCUUUGACAGGCUGAUGGAGGCUGCAGGGAGAUCUGGAGAGCAUCAUCAGGAGAUGGGGGUCAAGUUAGUCUCUACGAACUUACUUAAUCUGAGGGGCGUAAUGAAGGAAGGCUUUGCAGCGGCCAAAGCUUCAGAUCAAAAGGCUGGGGGAAAAUUGACGAAAGUGGCUCAAAAGGGAGCACUAGCUGAGAAGGAUGCAGGGGGUGGAAAGUUUGAGUGGAGGAUGCCAGCUGGCCUGACACUUGGACAGGAACCAGCAAGGCCAGAGGAGAGGUCACCAGCUGAGGCCAUGAGGAGUGAAGUAGUCCCACCCACAGCUCAGGGAGAGGCUGUGACCCAACAGGAGAUUCAGGAGAGUGUGGGUCAGACCAUGGUAGAGGCCGAGCUGAGAGUGGAUCAGAGGAGCCGUCAGGAGUCCCCUAUGCCUCAGGAUAUGCCUCUUGUUGCAGAUCUGCGGGGCGCAUUGGGGUCUUGGGCUACUGGCUCUGAACCAGAGGGGCGAGUUGGUGAGCAGGUGACGCAGGCAGAUGACAGAGCAGCAUGUCCCACUUUCCCGAAAAUUCCGCAACAAGAGGUUACGAGUAAGGUCUCAGCAGCCCCAUCAUCUGUACCCUCGCAUGAAGGAGAUAAGGUAGAGCAAAACAGGGUAGGAAGGUGUUUUUACUGCAAGAAACGCAGACACUUACAGGAAGAGUGUCCCAAGAGCCUCGAGGAUGAGGCAAAGGGUUUGCUUACUUGGGAUUCAGCUGGGGUACGCAGGGAUAGGAAUGAGAACCUGAUCCUAAAAACUCGUGGUGGGAUUCGGGCGCAGUUGUAUAGGCAGCUUCGCAUUAUAGACUUUUAGGUUUUUUGUACAUAAGACAACACUGUGUAUAAUGCUGACUAUUUUUUUUCUUACUCCUUUCCGUUAGUGUGGUGUGGAGGGUUCUUAUAAUACCUUUGCAUAAGUUAUGGUUCCUUUAUCGUCUAGAGUAGAGUGACACUCAUGAGUAUGGAGUGACUUUCGAUUUCAGAUACUUGACACUUGGAUAUUUUUUAAUUUUUUGUUGUUACUAUAAAUCUGCGUGGAUACUUGGACUCUUUGCACAAUACUCUGACUUUUCGAUAAGGACAGGAGCCUUUGCUUAUUGCAGGACCCCACAUCCUGUGUACAAAUGUGAGUCUUGAACCUUGUUUUUUUUGUGUAUGGUGUGUCACACUCACUCUCAGGUUUGUGGACUUGCCCAUAUGGAUGAUGGUGUGAUGAAAUGAAUAUUGUGAAAUGAA